AUGCGCAUGGAUAUGCCCGGCAAAACUCUGUCACCGGGAAGUGGCGUACCUCUCGUUGCUAGGCGAACCGUUGAGGAGGAGUUUCACUUUGAGGAUCUAAAGGACCUGCAGCGGAGGCGGCGACAGGAAGAGGAGGAAGGAAAACGGACAAAGCGGCGAAGGAGCAGUAGCCACCGCAGACGUCAUCAUUCCGGGGACAGGCGCCGACAUCGCUCGGGUAGCCGCCGAAGGGAGGAGAGCCGUGGAGGGCAAAAACGGCGGCGCUCCCCAGUAGGGCACAGGAGCCAUCGUGGUGACCCGCAUUACAACAACUCCAACGCUGCUUCGCAGCGCUCAAGAAGUGACCGCAGGGAUGAGAGACAGCGAAAUGACAAUCGACAACGCCACGAAGAACGACAACGCCACGAAGAACGACAACGCCACGACGAACGACAACGCCACGACGAACGACAACGCCACGAGGAACGACAACGCCAGGGGGGACGUCAGCGUAACACUGGCAAGCAGCAGCGCCGCCAAAGAUGA